UUUCGUGAGAUUUUUGACACCGCUUUAAAAACAGGAGGACAUGCGCCCGCUCAACCAUAGGCCGAAAAUAGGAAGGAAAAGGACUGACAGGCCUUGAACAUAGCGAUCCGGUCGCCUAUCUGCAGCAGCAUAUCUUUUGGAACAUCUCCGAUGGAUCUCUGCAGGGGCGGAGGAAGAAGCGCCAGCUAUAGGACGAAAAUGGCUUUCGGCAGCAAUGUGAUGAGGGUCCUGUUCAUCCUGAUGGUCCUGUUCGCCGCGAGCGCCGCCAAAAGGCCCGUAGCCAAGAAGAGCGCUGCUCCUGCCCCCGCACCCGAAGCCGGCGAGGAGGCGUCCGGGGCUGGCGGGAUCUUUGAUAUAACCAAGCUCGGCGCGACCAGCGAUGGCAAAACCGACUGCUCAAAGGAAAUCCAGGAGGCGUGGAAGUCGGCGUGCGGGGCGGCUGAGCAGGCGACGGUUCUCGUUCCCAAGGGGGAGUUUUUGGUUGGCCCUCUUAACUUCAGCGGGCCUUGCAAGGGCGAUGUCAAAAUCCAGAUCGACGGCACCCUGCUGGGUACCAACGACCUGCCCAAGUAUGACGGGGGCAGCUGGAUCAAUAUCCUCAAGGUUGAGAACCUUGUAAUCACUGGCUCCGGCACGAUCGACGGCCAAGGCACUAACGUGUAUACCAAGGAUCCAGAGGCUCAGGCCUUUCCCAACUCACUGGUGCUGGACUUCGUGAAAAACGGGACCGUCUCCGGCAUCACACUGCUGAACUCAAAGUUCUUUCACAUCAACAUCUACAAGUCCGAGGACGUGAAGGUUGAGAACCUGACCAUCACGGCACCGGGGAACAGCCCCAACACUGAUGGCAUUCAUAUCGGCGACUCGAGCAACAUCAACGUCACGGGUGCGACUAUCGGCACCGGAGAUGACUGCAUCUCCAUCGGAGGGGGAAGCUCCCGCAUUAGAGUUACCCGUGUAACCUGUGGGCCGGGCCAGGGUAUCAGCGUGGGCUGCCUUGGCAGGUACAAGGACGAAAAGGACGUGAGCGACGUAACGGUCAAGGACUGCGUUCUCAGGAGCAGCACCAACGGAGUACGCAUCAAGACCUACGAGGACGCGGUGAAGUCUAUCACAGCGUCCAAUCUGACGUUCGAGAACAUCAAGAUGGAGGACGUUGCCAACCCCAUAAUCAUCGACCAGAACUACUGUCCGGAAAAGGUGUGCACCGCCAAGAGCAAGAGCAAGUCUGCGGUCACCGUUAAGGACGUCAUCUUCCGCAACAUCACUGGCACAUCGUCCACUCCAGAGGCAGUCAGUCUGCUCUGCUCUGACAAGCAGCCAUGCAGUGGCGUCGACCUCAUCGACGUCAAUGUGGAGUACAGCGGGAAGAACAACAAGACUAUCGGGGUGUGCAGCAACGCCAAGGGGACUGCUAAGGACACACUCCAAGCCCUGGCAUGCCUCGCGUGAUCAUGUGUGGUUUGUUCCUUCCAUGAGCUCUCAUUAGUAUAGAGGAAGCAGAUCGAUCACCCAUCUGUUUAUUUCCCUAGAUUGAUCAAUCUGUAUCAUACAUGUGCUAUGUUAACUAAACUGGCAUGUUUAUGUGCGUGGGCGCGUGUGGGAGUGUGAGUGAAGCUGGCACAACGAGCUUACUGAUGGGUAUGAUUAGUUUGAUUUAUUUACUACUAAACUAUGAGUUUUAAUCUCUUAUAUGGUGUGUUUGUUUUGGGGAACAAGUGAAAUGAAAUGUCAUGGAUUCAUUCCAAUUGAGUGGAUCAGUUCCUUUUACU